CAUGUCUUUAAACUGCCACACAUAAUCAAAAACAAAACAGGUAAAGGGUUAAAUUGUUUAGCAAGUCAAGAAGAUAAGAGCUGAAAAUAGUUCAUCAUUGAGGUGUGGUUUCAACCGCACCCCUGACGUAUAUAAUUCUAUAAUAAAUGUCUGCUAUUGAACGAUCGAGAAGCCGAGCAGGAAGUGAUUUGGUGAACUGUAUAUUCCGUGAUGAUGCUCCGCCGAGUCCACGCGACCCAGUAAAAAGUAGAGGAGGGGGGAGGGGGUGGAGGGUAGUCGGUAAAUAAUUUAUAUAGCAAAUGUAUUAUAAGCUACGUUGUCCUUAACUCGUUUUAAAUAUAUAUUAAUAUAUACUCCAGGCUAUCUGAGGUGCCAAUAAAAGGAAAAUUUAUCCUCCAAAUUGAUUUCUUAUCUUAUCUUUUCUCACUUCCGGUGGGCCUCAUUUUGAAUGACGUCUUGGCAUCAUAUUCCUAACAAUGUUUUGAUAUGACUGAGCGUCAAAUGUCACGAAAAGUGCUCAGAAAUUCAUGCCCGUCUAGCUUUUUGUCGGAAAUGCGAGGCACGGUCUGCUUUAAAGCUGGAACGCGCCAUAAGUGGAUUAAAAGAAUGGAUGGAAUAAUCAAAAUUUGCUGAAAUUUGACGUCCGCGCCAUCUUUUAUUACUCUAGCCUCAUUUCCAAGUCAAUCUGAAGGAAGGAUCGGAAUUUAUGGUCACGUGACAGGUUAUGCUCGGCGCUAGCUAAAGACCGAGAAGAUUAGUUGUUGAGAUUGAAAGUUUUGCUCCGCAAACUGCUGCCAGAUUGGCAAGUUACAAAACCAUUGACGGUUACAGAGCACUUCAUUACAGCUACUGGUUGUAUCGGCGAUUUGCAUGUGUGGAAAUAUACGUCGAAUUAUGGAGCAUCCGCUUUAUGGAAUGUUGUUUUGAACGAACUCAUCUACCACCUCUCUCACGGGAAGCUGGGACGUUUGUGCGUAAAACUCGGGUAAAAAUGCCGGAUGUGUUCCCUGAAUGAUUCUGUGCCGACGCCCCUCAUAUCAUUGCAACAGCCAGUUAUCCCUCUUUGAUUUUUCAGGGUGUAUUAAUUGAAUUUACGAGCUCAAAGUGUGCUGUUUGUCCUGGAAGUCAGCCUGUUGGUCGGUAUGAGCCUAAUAUUAUAGGAGCCUUUCUCAAGGUCAAACCCAUUUUUACUCCUUCGCAGAUCUGUGAUUUGGUUUGCGGGACGGCAUCGCCACCCUGACUAGCUGACCAUCGCAAAAGGUCUUCGAAUCAUUUGUAACAUUGGAAUAUAAACGUGUAAUUACGAAUUAUCAACUACAGCAAUUUAUUUCGAGAACUGCGGGAAUUGCGGCUUCAGUUGCUGUUGGUGUAUCUUUACGAUUGUGCUUGGAGUUUGUUUCUCCUUCGCUCGGCUCUUCGACAUGGGUUAAAUUUAGCUGUAGUACAGAAACAUAUGGCUUCUAUUAGAGGAAACGUGGAGGAAAGUGAAUUGUCUUGGCAACAAAAGCACGAUUUUGCGAAUAACCCAGGAUAUCUCCCACCCUCCAAGUUAAUAAGUUUACAACGUCAAAGUAAUGGAUUUGGAUUCACUUUGAGGCAUUUUGUUGUUUACCCUCCAGAGCUUAUAAGGAAAACAAGUGAGCCUGGUCCAGGACCAGGUGUAAAUGGUCUUGACCACCAUGUUGAUGACAUUGAAAGACAAAAGGCAGAGCCCAUGGACACUGUGUUUGUGCGGCAAGUGGCACCCAGUGGACCAGCAGACAGGGCAGGGCUCUCUACAGGUGACCAGAUUGUUUCUGUUAAUGGCCAACCAGUAAUGGGAAAGUCCUAUUCACAAGUGAUUGAACUUAUUCUAUCAAGCCAAGAACUGCUGGAGUUAGGUAUUAUUCCUAAGGAAGACUGUGUUCUUCAGAUGGUAACUCCCACACUCUCCAUUUCUCCAAGCAUUGCUGUUGGUGCCCACGAAAUUAGCCAGUCUCCUCCACCUGUCAAACCUAAACCAAUGUUUAGACGUCUGUCGAGCCAUGACAGCCCAGCAAGGGUCAUGUCAACAGUGACAAUAAACCCUGCAAACUCAUAUCAUUUGAAAAUGUCGGACAAAAACUCUCAGAGUUCCGUUGACAAUUCUACUCCAGUUGUUACACUAAGGCGUGGCUCUGUGGAUAGAACUGCCAUGGAGAACAGGAGUUUUGUGAUCACCUCUGAGAGUAUGGAUUAUAACAGCAAUUUGAAGUCAAGAAGUUCCAGCACUCUGGAAAGUAGUGCUGUGAAUUCGCCCCGCAUGGAUGGCUCUUAUUUUAUGGCUGCAACUGAUUCUACAGGAAGACCGCUUGCACUUCGCUUUGAGAAAGGUUCAAAAAUGGGUAACACACUGACAGUGUUGGAAGAUUCCAGAACAAAGACUCGUUCUCAUUCUCUACCAGUGGUAGAAAUGCAGGGAUUUGGCGAGCGAAACAGAACCAGUAGCAAUUUAUCUGAUGUAGAUAGAGUUAAUUCCAUGAACUUAAAUGAUGGAUAUACAUCAAAUGAAAAGAGUCAUGGGUCAGUCAGUAUCCCACCAUUCAUGCUGUCAGCGCCUAGAACAGUAGCCUCUGAUAGCCCUUCAACAACAUACAUGAACACAAGCCCAGACAUGGGCUCUCGUCAGCCUGUGGCAACUGAUCCAGGCUACAAGAAAGGACGAGCAUCAUAUGAAGAAACCACAUCUUACCUCAUUAGAACAAUUGCCUCUCACAUGAAUAAAGAUCGUCAGGGAGGUUUAAAGUCCUCCACUGUCGGGGCAACACUACUUGAGAGCAAAGAAGGACAACCUUAUAGGCAGAGUGGUGGUAAUGAAAGAUGGACACCACCAGAUUCAAAUACUGAACUGUACAAAGAUGCAGAUUCUCCACAUCCAGCAAAAGUACCACGUCAAAGUGAGGACCAAGUAAAGCAAGGGGCCUAUUCAAGCCAAGUGGCCAUCUUCCCAAACAAACCUGCUUUUGAUGAAAUGCAUUUCACACCGACAGUUGGAACCACUGACAUGGAGUCUUCUGCUGUAAACAAACAAGGCAGUCCAAAGCCACGACGUGUGUCAUACCUGAUGGCAACUUCUCGAGGGAGCUCAACCUUGUCAGACCAGAAAAUCUGGUCAACUGCUCCUCAAGGCAAAAAGCCUGGGAAAUCAUCUUUGUUUGAAGCAUUCUCUACCAUGUUACCACCAGUCAUGGUGCAUGUUUCAUCUGGGAUGGAGCUCUGUGAGGAUGUCAAUGGAGAAGAGGGGAUGGAGAUACCUACCAACGAGCAGGAGGAUGAGGUAUUCUCAGUCUCAGCCGAUGAAAAGUCUGGUACUGAAACUACAGUGCAGCGCUCCAACCGACGUACCUCGUAUGUGAUGGCUACUUCAUCUCCAUCAUCACCCAGACGUGAAGCAUCAUUGGAAGCUACAAAAGAGGAAGAGGAAAACAAAGAGAGGGGUGAGCAAAUUCCUGGCAUGUUAGAAGUGUGCAAAGAAGGUCUACUUUGGAGAAAAGUGGCUGUAGUGGAUGGGGGAAAGCGUUCCAGUGCAAGGUCUUGGAAGCCCGUGUUUGCUGUUCUGCGAGGCCAUGUUCUCUACUUACAUAAAGACAAAGGGACGGCCCAUCAAGAGGAUAGCUCUGAUGAACAGCCAAUCAGCAUCAAGUCCAGCAUCGUUGACAUUGCUCAUGACUACACUAAAAGGAAGAAUGUGUUCAGAAUGACAACUUUUAAUGGAUCAGAGUUCUUGUUCCAGACCGAGGAUCAUGACUCCAUGAUGUCGUGGAUUGCGGCCAUCCAGACCAAUAACAACCCUGAUGAAGAUGAGAACGGUGUGAGCAGUCAGAGUUUGAUUAUAAGAAGAAUGAAAACAGUGGAGCAAGAGACAUCUGGGUCAAAUACUGCUUCACCCAGUCACAAGUUAUCACCUCCAGUCAACACCAAGAUACCUGGUAUACCUGGAAUAUCAAACAUCAAGAAAAGCUUGUCUUUCAAGAACAUCACUGCUGGGCAGAAAGGUAACAGUCAAUGUAGUUUGCAGCUCUAUCCAGUCACACCUCCUGUAAGUGGAGACCUUGAGAACAGAAAGGCAAUGUCCAUAUCCCGCUCAGGGACGUUUUUUUGGUGGUUUGACCCCCCAAACUCCCCCGGAAAUUCCAGACAUUCUGUUGGAGUACCUUUGGAGUUGUGCCCAGCAUCAAAGAACAACAAGUUUGUGCCUUUAAUCGUAGAACACUGUUGUGAUGUUGUAGAGAGAAAAGGACUCGAGACUGUUGGUGUCUAUAGAGUUCCUGGUAAUUCUGCUGCGGUAACUGCUUUGCAAGAGGAGCUAAACAACAGAGGAAUUGAGAAUGUUUGUCUCGAGGAAGAGAAGUGGAAUGAUGUAAACAACAUCACCAGCCUUUUGAAACUGUUCCUACGAAAAUUACCAGAAGGUCUUGUUACUGCAGAUUUGUACGAUGCAUUUAUUGAAUCAAAUAAGAAAGAGGAUGUAGCAGAGAGAAUGUGGUCAAUACGAUCUGUGGUGCAAGAAUUACCAGAUCAUAACUUUGAAACACUCAAGCUUCUUGUGCAUCAUUUGAAACUGGUGUCAGACAACUGUGACAAGAACAAGAUGGAAGUGCGUAAUCUGGCGAUCGUGUUUGGCCCGACCAUCAUUAGGACUGGAGACGAUUCGAUGAUGGCCAUGGUAAAGGACAUGUCAGACCAGUGCCGAAUAGUCGAGACACUUAUAUCAGAGUGUGAUUGGUUUUUUGAGGAGACUGAAGGCGACGAGUGUCCAGUGAAGGCAAUACCAACAAGUCAAGAGUUACCUCAUGAACACAUUUUAUCUCAGAAUGUACUGAGCUCCCUUGGACAGGUUGCUGUUAACUUUGGCGAAGAUGGGUCAUACAAGCCUAAGUCUAGCGGAAUUUCUCUUCACAUCCCCAAGUUCCGAAGCGGAAAGACCUCAAAGUCCGACUCGGGUCAGGGAAGCUCUUCCGAUGGACCGCUCUCCGAUUCUCAGGGUUCCGAGGGCUCACCGCCGACUGAGAGAGCUCCUGCGGUGAAGAUUCUUACAGGUGAGGGGUCAAGGUCCAAUUCACCGACCAUGGAGAGAUCGAAACUUGGUGGCAAGAGGGGUGUAGAGAGUUCUUCUUCCUCCAUACAAAUGGUGCUAGAUCCCUCAGAUGCAGAGUUCAGGCCUAAAGGAGCAGGAUCCUUAAAGGCGUAUUCCUACUCACACCCUCCCCCUCCGUCGUAUCGACGUGUUAAUCCUCAGAAGAGGUCCGCUAGUCCCAGUACCCCUGAGCAGCCUUUCUAUCCUUUGGAAGUGAAUUUCUCAUCAGCACAGGAGUCGGAGAUGAGGAAGUCUCCAGAUGAACCAUUGCCCAGUGCUUCGCCCAGUGAGCACGACAAUGCAUCCAAGCCCAGCUUCUCUUCUUUCAGCGAGGAGACUCGUCGGAGGUUAUUAAAACUAAACCUGCAAAAGAAAGCGGCUGAGAAGAGGCGACAAAGUGAAGGAGAAAGAGAGGUGACUUCGCCGCCGAGUGAAAGGAGCGACGAAACACCACGUGAUGCGCCACGUGAACGAAAGAUCUCAGAUCAGGGAGUGUUUGAAAGUAUGGAUCAGCUCAGCAGCAGCAGUACAAGCCGCAGCAGUAGCGCCCAUAGCAGCAAGAAUCCGUCGCUGGAUUCACUACACGUUUCACCUCAGCCUCAGCUAGAUAAAGUGGCCAGUUUACCUGUGACGUCUCAAAGCGAAAUGCCGCGAGUAAACGGUAGUGUUAAGACAAUGUCGCUACCAAAUGAAGCGCUUCGGGAAGUAGUGCCCAGGUCUAAUGAGACAGUGGUGGCUGUUGUCAAAGGAAGAGGUGUGGUGUCUGGCACACUAAGACAGUUUGAACCCGCUCGAAGACCGGCUAGUCUGGAUAUCCCAACCAAACGAGAAAAUGCUGAAGAGCUCCGGUUGGCUAGGAGAUCUUUGGGCUCUGAAGAGAGCAGCGAUACUUCGAGCGACGAGGGUGAUGAAUGCGCCAUCAGCAUGUCGAAGACAUUUGAUGAAAAGCUUCGGAUUUUACUGGAUCUUGGUAGCACGUUCGGAAACAAGGAGAGUGGAGGUGACACGCAUAGCGAUGAUGAUAAGUCGUCUGUGAGAAGUGAACCGCAGAGGAGGCCGAUCACGAACAGUGACGAAAUGGCACAACGCCGAGCAUCGGAUGAACCCGGCAGGGUGUACAAGAUUGUCGGUGUUAACCCGUCAACUGAUACUCACGAGACUGUGUCCACCCCAUACAAUACCAGAUCACAUGUUCCCAGGGAUGCGCCCAGACACGACACUCCUGAAACGGAAUUGAGAUCGAACAGUUUAAUAGAAAUAAACACUAGUAAAUACUUUGCAGCCCCUUCUACAGAGGAGCGUGCUAGUUCUCAGCCGCACUCUCCGGCGAGAACAGCUGCCCGUGGUGGAACACCCGUGUCUUCUGACAAAAAGGUGGGUGACCUGAGGCAAAGAUUUGAGAGCAGUCCGAGUAAAGGCAAAGUUAGUGGUCUGACACCAAAGAGUAACCAGGUCAGAGGAAGAGAUUACGCACCACCAGUUGCGCGAAAGAAAAUUGGAUCGGUCCGGACAACGACUCCUGUUUCUCUCAAGGAGUUCAAUGUUAAACCUGUGAAGACAUCUGCUGCUCAGCCCGUUCAAGUAGGAGGGGUAGGCAGAGGGGUACAGCAUGGAACUACACAGAGACCGCCUGAAAGUAGAGCGGUGAGCUCGAGGAACAUCCGCCUGGAGUCUAGCCCAGUGAAACACUCAUCUACCUCACCAGUAAGGUACUACAGCGCAGAGAGAACUGAUAGCGGUGUCGACAGGACUACACUGCGGGCAAGACCAAACGUGAAUGUAGCGACAAAUGAAAGAUCCAAGGGGCCGCCAGUUGUAGGGAAAACACACGUGCCUCCACGAGUCAUGAAUCGAGAGUAUGGAUCCAAAUCCAAACUGUUAUCUCAUAAAGACUCGGCUAAGGAACUACUUCCUUCAAAGACUAGAUUAUCACCCAGGGACGUUCGAGGUUCGCAAACACAGAGCAAGCUUGAGAAGGACGCACAACACAUCGCCGAACUGCUGGAAGAGAUGCACAGUGAACGCUACUUACAUCUCUCUCGUCAACAGUCCGACAUUUCAGGACAGGCGCAGAAAGCCGCUGCCCAGAGGGCCGCUAUCCGCAGGCGCAGGCGCUCUUUAGGAGAUGACAACAAUCCUGUUCUGUUGCAAAUGGCGAACUCACCCGCGGGCGAAAGGGAAAAUACAUCCACUCCCACGGGAAUGGAAGUCACUCAGGGAGGCUAUAACACGUGGCGUCCUGAUGUAAGACCAAGUAGUCCUCAGCGCGGCGGAAACACCACAAGGAGUGCUGUUCACACUGUCAAGAGGUGACGCUGAGAGGAAGAUGGAAUCUUACUUGUCGUGUAAACGAGGCAUUUGGGUCAGGUGACCAUAAUACCUCAGUUUCCUAACAGCAGGCGAAACUAAAACAAGAGCUGAUCUCAACAACGCAAACAUCUCACAUGGUUGAUUUUGUUAUGAGCUUUGCGUUCCUGGCACUGUUCAGGUGUUAGCGCAGACCUCCUCUGCUGUAUCUGUGUUCUGUGUAGCCCCUGCGUCCAACCUGAGGUAGCCACUAACCAUCCUGCCUUGAUUGUUUUUUGUUUCGUUUUUAACUACAAAGCGAUAUAUUUUUCUACUCUUUAAAAUCUUAGCAUUUUUAAUUCAGGUUCUCCUUUUAUUUUGAAUUAUUUUAUUCGAAUGGUAAAAGUUCUUCAAGGAAUUUACCUUUUUUGACUUUUAUGAAUAUCACCGUAAGGUCAUUGUAUUCUAUAGCAUUGACAAAUCAUUACUGUAUUGUCUCUAAGUCUUGUAUAAAUUUAUUUCAACUUCCGAUAUGUUUCGUCGUGUUGUUGUGGCAAAAAUAAUGAAGACAGACGAGAUUGUUAAUUUUGUUCCAUAUCUUGAAAAGUAAGUUAUUACUAAUAUAUAUAUCCUUCCGUUUGAAGGAAACAAAUGCUCUGGUUGUAAACGGGGGUUCGGAUUUCAUGGUUUUCGUUGUAUAGAAAAACGUUUUCGAAACUUGGUCGCUGGUCUAUUGUAGCUAUUGUCAUGCAAUUUAACAUCUAGUUGAUUGCGUGACGUGACUCGCUGUUUAGGGGAGUCGCGUGAAAAUCGCGCAUCGUCACUAUUUGAAGAUUUUUUCAGUUACGGAGACAACUAACUUGUGUCCGCAGCUUUUAUAUGUCUUUGUAUACAAAUAGUUAUUUUUCUUCCGACUCAAGUGUAUACUCGAGAAUUUUAAUUAGGUCAAUCAACAAAUGCUUGUAAAAAAAAAAAAAAAAAAAAAAAAAAAA